CAUCAUUUGUAUCGUACAUAGAAUGUACAGUCUCUGAUUUAGUUGAAGAUAUCAAAGUUCGGCAUGGCAAAAAUCGCUAUAUUUGUUUCGAUAUGUGUUAUAAUUGCAUCGCUAUGUAAUGAUGUACACGGAAAAAGCGUGAAAAAAAGAGCGGAAGCGGAAGCAGAAGUUACCGGGACUGAUGCGGGUAUAACACUAAUGUCUUUAGAGGAAGCUGUAGAAAACUACAAUCUUGGUGGGACAGAAUUUUCUAAAAGACAGCUGCCUCCUAUACACCCGGAUACUGUGGUGUUAUACGUACUAUUUGCGACGUGUACUCAUGUAAUAUUUUGGAUAAGUGACUUUACCGAUGAGUUUAUUGGAGGCGUAAUGCAGAUUAAAUAUGCAACUGAUCUUACCGAUAUGCCGACUACCUGGACAGACAUUAAUCAAAACACAUUCUAUCUCUUUGGUCGUCCAUUAUGGACUAUUGAGAUUGGACCCUAUAAACCAUGCACCACAGUGCACAUCAGUGCUCAAUUAGAAAAGAAUGGCGACACAAACUAUUUGGGUAAUUUUAGUGUAACGACUGCCAAUGUUGAGAGUAUAGAGAGUGCGACUGUGAUUGCUGAUGGUAAUACUCUCGAUCUUUUAGAUGAUGGGUCCAUACAGGUUGGCGGAGUGUUGGUUUCUGGUACUACAUUUAUAUCUAAUGAUGGAAAUAUUCAAGUUCAGGUCAUUAGUCAAUACGUGAAGGCGAUUUUCUCUGUAACUGCAAAAUGGUGGAUUUUAUGGAUCAAGAAUCCACAGACUAAUCGCAAUGAAAUACGUUUUGACAUACACGACAACUCAGUUCUUGUUGAGAAACAGUGUGGAAUGCUUGGUCCUAAGUAUCUCGACAAAACACAACACCCGUUUUUAGGAUUCAUAAUGCCAAAUGGAGCUAUCACAAAUGACGCAAUCGAGCAUGGCAACAGCUGGGUGGUGAUUGGAAGGUGCGUUUCUUUUAUGUAA